CAUUUAUCUGACGCAUCUGAUGCGCUCAGUGUUUCAUGAUGUAUUUGAACAGCCUCAUGUCUGAUGUUCUUUUAUGACGCGAUUUUUCUUUCUUUUUCUUUCUUUUUUGUUUUUUGUAUGCACAUUUGCGUUUCCCCGCAGUAAAUCUGUAGCCUUACAAGGAGGAUGAUAGCUUCGGUAUUUGUCGUGGUAAUGUCCUCGGUUUUUUUUAAUCCUAGUUUUGCCUUCAGUUCGCAUUUUGACCCAGGUGGCUCCCCACUGAGUGAACUGUCAUGGCCGUCCUCUCUUGCAGUAGUGGCUGUCUCCUUCUCGGGUCUUUUCACAUUCGUCUUCCUCAUGCUGGCCUGCCUGUGCUGCAAGAAGGGUGACAUCAGCUUCAAGGAGUUCGAAAAUGCGGAGGGGGAAGUAUGCCGAGCUGAUCUUUCCACUUUAGCCUCCCCCAUCUCUCAGAAUGACCCUGAGGUUUACAUCCUGCCCCUCACAGAGGUCUCACACCCUGUGUCCAAGCAGACAAGCAAAUCAUUUCAGCUGCUGAAGUCUGUCGAUCUUGGAAGACAGAGCCUCCUCUACAUAAAAGAAAUCGGCCAAGGCUGGUUUGGCAAGGUUUUAUUAGGGGAGGUGAAUGCUGGACUCAGUACCACACAGGUGGUGGUUAAGGAGCUAAAGGCUAGUGCCAGCGUACAGGAGCAGAUGCAGUUCCUGGAAGAGGUCCAACCUUACCGGGUACUCCAGCAUCCUGCCCUGUUGCAGUGUCUGGCCCAGUGCUCAGAAGUCACGCCCUAUCUGCUGGUUAUGGAGCACUGCCCCCUGGGAGAUGUCAAAGGAUACCUGCGCAGCUGUCGGGCAGCAGAAACAGUGACUCCUGACCCUUUGAUUCUUCAGCGAAUGGCAUGUGAGAUUGCAUCUGGCCUUCUGUACCUGCACAAACACAAUUAUAUUCACAGUGACCUGGCCCUCAGGAAUUGUUUGAUGACCUCAGAGAUGGCAGUGAAAGUUGGAGACUAUGGUCUUAGCCGCAGCAAGUACAAGGAUGACUAUUAUGUGACAGCAGAUCAAAUAUGGGUUCCACUUCGCUGGAUUGCCCCAGAAGUUAUUGAUGAAGUUCAUGGCAAUCUUUUAGUAGUGGACCAAACUAAGGCCAGCAAUGUCUGGUCACUGGGUGUAACGAUAUGGGAGCUGUUUGAACUGGGUAACCAGCCUUAUAGGCACUAUUCUGAUAGGCAAGUUUUAACAUAUGCUGUGAAGGAACAGCAGGUCAAACUGCCAAAGCCCCUGCUGAAAGUGCCUCUGUCUGAACGCUGGUUUGAGGUAAUGCAGUUCUGUUGGCUGCAACCUGAGCAGAGGCCUAUGGUGGAGGAGGUUCAUCUACUACUAAGCUACCUGUGUGCUAAAGGUGCCACUGAGGCUGAAGAAGACUUUGAGAAACGCUGGAACUCUCUGCUGCCGAGUCUGGGCUCCAGCAGCUCUAACAGAACCUCUGCACCUGAGGUGGCCUCUUCCACUUCUUCCUCCUUUCCUUUACUUAAACACUUCUCUAUGGCAGACAGCUUCCAGUCUGAGAAUGGGGACGACAUAUUGACUGUAACUGAGACCAGCCAUGGGCUCAACUUUGAAUAUAAAUGGGAGCAGGCCCGAGCUGAGCAGCCCUACUGCUCCUCUUCAUCCAGUGGACUGCUAGGAAAGAAUAAUCCACAUUACCAAGAUGUUUAUUACCCUCUUAGCAAUUCCGCAGGUAGCUGCAAGAGUGAGUGCCUCCCUCUUGGGGUCUCUCCAUCCUACUAUGAGUCAGACCAUCCUGGGGUGGUUCCAGUGUUGAGUGCACACAGCCCCUCAUUAAGCAGUGAGUAUUACAUCCGUAUUGAGGAGCCAGUUGAUUGUAACAUUAACUUAGAAGACAGCACUCUCGAUUACAGUCCAAGAGUUGAGGCCAGCAACAACAGCCUGUCCACUACGAGCAGGAGGAGCCCAAUUGGGCCUCAGCCAAAUAUUUACUCUGCAGAGACUGGUCAAUCUGAGUAUUUCUCUUCCAAUGAAAGUCAAAGUUGCCAGGUUGAACAGUCACCACAAGAUACUCGUUUGACUGAAGGUCAUGGUUCACACUCUCAUCAGCAAAGAAGAGGUUCGGGAAGCCUCUACUGUCGACUGGAGGUGGUACAGGACAGCCCACUUGGUGUUUCUGUUUCACUUAGCAGUCCCAGCUUGGCACACUGUGACCCCUACCUUGAGUCUAACCAGACAGCUGUAGAAAGAAGUAUGGCCAAUGAGGCCUACUAUGAUAUGAUGGGCCCCCUACAGAAAAACGUGCCCAGACCCCACUACAUGAGUGCCGAUUUAGAAGAUGAUGAAGAUCUGUUCUCUCAGAAUGUGUUUACUAACUGGAACUCCAACCACUCGGCAAACAACAACAGUUUAAGCGAUUGUAUGCAAGCUGUUGGUUUUCAAGACGCAUACUUUGAUUUACGCCACCCCACACCGUCCUCUCAUGUCGAAAAACUGAAAUCAAGAGCACUGGAAACAAGCAACAGUUGUAUGUAUAAUUCCAGUGAUUCUCUCAAAGUUUACUCAUACAUGGAUGCCACACAUAGUACACCAAUCACUGGCAAUUCUCACUUCUCUGAGUGUGGUGAAUAUCUACAUCUGUGCCCUGAAACUAGUCAGGAUGUUGAUUUAUCUUCAAAAUGUCAUUUUGUCACGGAAAGUCAGCAUAUUCAUACACAGCAGAAGAAUAUUGCUCAUAAACAUAUCAAAGACAAUAUAUCAGGCCUCCUUGUAGGCAGUUACAGUGGAAUUAAUCCAUCAACUCUUCCAAUGGAGAUUGUCAUGACUAAAGAAAACAUAUUAUUCGACAGAAGGAUAUCCCCUGCACAGAAACUUAAACUUGGAUCUGAUGGUUCAGGUGGAGUGCGUUUAAAGACGGUAUCAUACCAUAAGGAUCUCCCUAAGAAUGCUUUAGAGUGUAGCAAUUUGACAGACAGCAUAAUCAGGCCCUUUAACUCCAGUAUCAGCUUGGUGGAAAUUAAUGACUGCAGUGAUGAUGAUGUCACAGACAGCACCUCUGGAGUCUCUGCACAUUAUCCCUUGGUCUAUGCAGAGGUAGGCACUACUGAUGUGACUCAUAGACCAUUGCUAAGAGAACCUGGGUCUAGACACCACAAGGACACAAUUAACAUUGCCUCUAGCAGCAGUCCAUGUGAGGCCUUCAGUCCCGACAGUUACCACACAACCAUUCAGCCCAAAUCCCUAGAUAGUGGCUAUGACACUGAGAACAAUGAGUCACCAGAGUUCAUCAUGAAAGACCUUGAAGGCAAUCCAGACCUUAGCACCAGUGUGGAAUCAGAUGAGGGUGACAUGGUCCUCCAGAUGGACUUAGAUGAAGAUGUCAAUGUAAUACUCCUGAAUCCAUCCAUCAGCAAUCAUCUACCGCUGAUCGGCCUUGGUGAGAGGAACCAGUACAGAGACUCUGCUUAUUUUUCUGACUAUGACACAGAGAAUGACAAGAGCCCCAGUGAAGGGUGUCACAACUUAAUUGUUCGCCAUGGGGAUGAUGUUUUAAAGUUCAAAGAUGAAAAAGAGGGCUCGGGAAAGACAGUUGGGAGAAACGGGCAUAGUGUAGAAAAAGAGGAUGAAUAUGACAUCUUAGAGUCAAAGGGCAACCAUGCUGUGCUUCUUGCUAAACAAUUGUGUCUUAAAAAGACAAAUCAAGAUCUAUGUUUGUCUGCUACAUCAGUACCAGUGAUUUCCAUGCUUUCCCCCUUUCCUCCAGAAAUGGGAGGAUGUUUAACCAAGGAGUCCACACCAGAUGAUGGUAUUGGGCUGGAAUCUGAUCACUCUGGAGAGGAUCCAAACUCUGAAUGCUACUCCUCAACAGUGUCCGAAGGGUCGACCUCAACACAAGGGGCUUUAGGUUUGGAGGACCAGGCUAAUGGAGACGCCAGAGAUUUUUUGUCAGCAGAAUCAUUGGGUUCAGAUUCUACCAUAGUAGAGUUUAGAGGGGAGAAAAUCCAAGCAAAGGAGCAGGAGGCCUGUAAUAACAAAGUGGACAAUACUGAGCUCCUAAAUGAUGGUAACAACAAGGAAAGAGAAGAUAUAGUGGAUGAAGUUGAAAAUGGUGGCAUAGGUCAGUCACUUUCAAGACCAAAGCGAGAUGAGUCCCUGGAAAACUUUCUUCCAGCCUUGCCAGAAGAUAUAGAUGUUCCAGCUCCACUGGGAAAUGGAGAGGAGGCUGAUGAGGAGGAUUCAGAGGAUAGUGACGUGUCUGAUGAAGAACUUUGUUGCUACAACAUACAGGAUCAGAGUGAUGAGAGUGAUGAAGAGUGCCCCAUGGUGCCUGUCAUUGUGAGUGACCGUAACAGUGCAUGUCAUCUGCGGAGCCUCCUAAAAAUGCCCUCUAUACUUACACAGUCCUUCUGCAAUGAGCUGGAGAACAAGAAAAAAGCUGUGUCGUUCUUUGAUGACGUCACUGUUUUUCUGUUUGACCAGGAGAGCCCAACUGGUGAGCUUGGAGACUACAGUUUUCCUGCGAAGGCAGAAUCCAAUUGUCAAGCUUCAGAGGAGUCCCCACAAGAAAGGGUCUCUGCGACUGAGGAUUCUUCCAGCAGGAAUGUCGCCGAAGAAAUUGGGGCAUUUGAGUGGCAAGAUGAAUUUCCAUUGAUGAUGAGCCCCUCAACAUCAGAACCUGGAUCUGAAGAAAUCACAACACCCCCCAACUCACCCAUCAAAUCUCCAGAUGAAAAACCAGCACCACCGCUCUCCCGAUUUAAUGUCUCUCGUUUCUCCAUCAUGCAUGUGUCUGACCCCCACAUGAACUCCAUGGGAGGGAACAGUGAAAAUGGAGACCAGGAGUGAAGGGGCCAUUUUAACCUAUUAAUUGAUGUGUUUAAAACCUCUUUAGUUUGAUUUAGCAGGGAUCAGUCUAUGGGUUUUCCUGUAUUGCUUUGUUUUUUUUUUUUGUUUUGUUUUGUUCUUAACAUGCUGGAUGAAAGUGUUCUGUGAACCUGAUAUGCUGUUUGGACACAGUGCCUCAUACUGACUGUAGCCAGCUGCUUCCUUGUGUUACAAGACAUAUGGAGGUUGAGUGACAGUCUCUUGAGGACAUCAGUUAUAAAAAACAGUCAGAACAUAUUUAUUAUCUAUGUAUUAUCAUAAUGUAUGAAGAUUAUAACUUAUUUGCACAAUUCAAUAUCAGUACCAUGCUGAAAUCAUCCUUUUUACACACUGUAGGAAACAAAAAAGAGGCUACUCUCCUCAUUUGCUUAUCAUGCACCAUGUUGUCAAUCUGUGGUUUACAGCCCCAAUGAUCUUAAUGCUUCAAAUGAUUUAAGUCGAGAGCCAAUGAGCUGCAUAAAAUAGCAUUACAGGGUGUAAUGCCCCAUAAAAAGAAACUUUUAGCAAAAAUAUUUGAGCUCAGGGGUGUAAGGGUGUUAAAAUAUGUGAUAUUAGACAUAUAAACAAUCAAGCUUCAAUCAGACCAUAUUUAUAUCUUUGCAAAGGAAGAUCUAGAUCUAAAAGGCUAGAUCUUAAUUUCUCUUUAGAAGAAGCCUUCUCUGUACAUACAUUAACCUUUGACAAAAUACAGUUAUAGAGUAGGCCAAUUGUUUGCUCAGAGGAGUCAUGAUUGUAUUGCAGAAGAAUCAAUAAGUCAGGUAGAUGAUAUCAGAUGGUACUUGUGAGAAGUUUAAUUGUGCUUGUCAAGAUCACAAUUUUUGGAAGGAGCAUCGCCUAGCGGUCAAUUUUGGACAUGAAUAACAUUUGCUUUGAAUCUGAGAGCUUUGAUUGCAAGGAAUGAGCAAAAACCAGAGGGCUGUCGAAGUUCUGCACUUUAAAAUAAACAUGAAUCAAAAUGGACCCUAUUUACUUACUGCACUCUCCUGGUUUUACUGUGCACAUUAUUCAAAAAUGUCUGUGCUCAUCUUCAAUCAAAUGCAAUAACUUGCUCUGCCUCUGAAAUUACUUUAAUUAUCAUCCGCCAUCACGCUUGCUUUUUCAGCGCCCACACCCCAACCACCUUUCUUAUACUGUAGAGACCAAUACAAUUUUAAAAUCCGAUCAAUUCCAAUGUAUAAAGUCCAUGCCUUUUUUUCUUGUUGAAUUUCCUUUUUCACUUGAAAAUACAUCAGAUCACUGAAAAUGAAAGGAUUGCAAACUGCUUUUCAUUUUGAAUUUGUGGUACGCAAAAGCAAGAAACAUAACCUCAAGUUAAAGGAAUGUUCCGGGUUCAAUACAAGUUAAGCUCAUUCGACAGCAUUUGUGACAAAUUGUUGAUUACCACAAACAUUAAUUUAAAUUUGCUCCUCCUUUUCUUAAAAAAAAAAAAAAGAAUAUAAAGUCGGGGUUACAGUGAGGCACUUACAAUGAAAGUGAAUGUGGCCAAUUGUUGGAAGGUUUAAACAGAAAUUGAAGCUUAUCAUUUUAUAAAAGCACUUGCAUUCAUUCGUCUGUUAGAACAUGUUUAUUAUUUGAGCUGUAAAAUUGUUUAAAUUUUAAUUUUUACAGUUGUAUUAGAGUUUGUUGACAUUACAUCGUCAUGGUAACGAAGUUGCAAAAUUGGAUAUAACUUUACACAUUAAAGGUUUCUAAGUUAUUUUAUCACACUAAAAUCAUGUUAACACACAUAUCUUUUAUAUCUUGUUGAUAUACUUUUGAAACUGUGACUAUUUUAACGUUUUCGGAUUGGCCCCCAUUCACUUCUAUUGCAAGUGCCUCAUUGUAACCCAGAGUUUUUUUGUUGUUGUUUUUUUUAAAGAAAAGGAGGAAUGAUUUAAACUUUUUUUGUGAUUUUGAUUUUUGUGUUAAUCAACAUUAGGCCACAAAUGCUGCCCUUUGAGCUUAACGAGUAUUGAAUCCAGAAAUACUCCAAGAAUGACCAUCUUGUCUAUGAACACAAUCUGUUAUUAACAAUGACAGCUCCCACAGAUCUGAUCCUCCAUCUGUGAUGAUACCUUUCCUCAUUACAGAUAUGUUAUUUCUAUUACCUCCAAAAAUAGAUGUUAAAAAAUUCUAGAAAUAUUACAGAUGGUCCAGAUGGCAUGUUGACCCCACCUGUUUCCACAGUUUCUCAGUAUAUUACAGUAUGCCUUUUGCCCCUAUAUGAUCUGAUGUGUUACACUGAGAAAUGUAGACGGUUUACACAUUGAACUGUUUAAAUGUAAUGUGCAGCUGUACCUGUCAUGCUCUGCCUUGAAUCACUGGAGCCCACACACAUUUGUGCCAAAACUGUAAGCAUCACAAUCACUGCACUGUAGCAUCUCUUUCUCGCUGUAUGCCUUUCAAGAGUUUUAUACUGGGCUAAAACUUGCAGAGGUAGAUUCUUCAUCACUUUCAAAACAUCUGUGUUUCACUUGGGAGGUUAUGGUUGCAAAAGUGAGGUAAAAUGAAAAAAUGUACUGAAUGAUUCUUGAAUAUAGAGAGGUGAGAAGUCUGUUGUUACUGCCUCGUAAUUGUCGAACCAUAUUUCCUCACAACUCAUGCUGUACUAUUCUAAAAAAAUAAACCCAACCAUAGUUUGUCCUUGUGUUUGUGACAGUUAUUCCAGGUUACUCAUGGCAGAUAGCUUUUAUAUAAUCUGAACUGUAGCGAUCAUUGGGGCCAAGCACUAAAGGUUUUUUCUAUCUGUAUGUUUUAUUAUUUGACCAUUCUAAUGUUUCAUCCACAACCUCCUGCUGAAUAAGUUAGGACAGCAUGGAAAAUGCUUAUAAAAUGAAAAGGUGUGAUUUGUGCAUUCUAUUCACCAUGUGGUAUAUUGAAAGUACAACAACACAUUAUUUAAUGUUUUACCUUCUUUUUUUUUCUUUUGAGGAAAAUAUACACAUUUUAAUUCAGAUGAUUGCAUUUCAAAGAGUUGUUGGAAUAAACAGCUGCUGUGUUCUCCUGGCCAAAUAGGAAAAGGACCAUCCAAGCCGUUAUCAGCAUCAGUGCCCAUGACAUGGAUAACUAGGACAUCUGUAAGGGCACCAUUAAUGCAGAGAGAUAUGUACACAUUUUGGAGCAACAUACCCUGCCAUCCAGGCGCCGUCUA